AAACACUUUCAUCACAACUUAACCUGACACAGAGCUUAAGACACAGAGACAGAGAUAGAAGAUGGCGUACAGCGCGUGUUUCCUACACCAGAGCGCACUAGCCUCCUCCUCCGCUGCAAGAUCAUCACCUUCCUCAUCAUCACAACGCCACGUGUCACUCUCCAAACCCCUCCAAGUUGUCUGUAAAGCACAACAGACUCAAGAAAAAGAUAACUCCACCGUAUCUCGCCGUCUUGCUCUCACACUCCUCGUCGGCGCCGCUGCAGUUGGUUCCAAAGUGUCCCCAGCAGAUGCUGCCUACGGUGAAGCUGCAAAUGUGUUUGGGAAGCCAAAGCAAAACACAGACUUCACUGCGUACAGUGGAGAUGGAUUCCAAGUGCAGGUGCCAGCUAAGUGGAAUCCAAGCAGAGAAGUUGAGUAUCCAGGACAAGUCCUUAGGUAUGAAGACAACUUUGACGCUACUAGCAACCUCAAUGUCAUGGUCACUCCUACAGACAAGAAGUCCAUUACUGAUUAUGGUUCUCCUGAAGAGUUCCUUUCUCAGGUCAAUUAUCUUCUAGGGAAACAAGCUUACUUUGGUGAGACUGCCUCUGAGGGAGGCUUUGACAACAAUGCAGUGGCAACAGCAAACAUUUUGGACACAAAUGUUCAGGAUGUUGGUGGGAAACCGUACUAUUACUUGUCUGUGUUGACAAGAACAGCCGAUGGGGAUGAAGGUGGUAAGCAUCAGCUGAUCACAGCAACAGUGAAUGGAGGCAAGCUUUACAUCUGCAAAGCACAAGCUGGAGACAAGAGGUGGUUCAAGGGAGCCAAUAAAUUUGUCGAGAAAGCAGCCACUUCUUUCAGUGUUGCUUAAAUAAAAGCAACAGUGCUCUGCUUGCUUAUCUUCAUUUGUCUCUUGUAAAAAAAUGGAAAAUGAAACUUAGCUUUUGAGAACUAUCAAGAUGAUGUUACCUUUGCGGCUUUUCCAAAAUUUAUAUUCGGUAGAUCUUUGCUCAUUAGUAUAUAAUGAUUGCUCAAACUAAAGACACUGACUAAGGAAAAAGGUGUAGACUAAUUCCAAAUCCUUGAAAACCUCAAGACAUUGAAGAUAACAUGUUCUAUAUAUAGC